UGUGGGCGUAUCUGGGCGUGUCCGGAGUGCUGUUAUCAGGACGUUGUGAGGUCGGUUGAUUAUUCUGGUGUUUGGCGUCUAGCAGGAUUCACCAUGAAGACGAUAUUAGUGUUGGUGUGUGCGCUCGCAGCUGUAACGGCAACCCCCUUGUUCGGCACUGAGCAGUGUGCCAAUGGCCCAGGCGUGUGGUGUGUGAAUAUCCGAACCGCUAAACAGUGCAGUGCAGUCACUCAUUGCCAGCAAACUGUAUGGAACAAACCAGUAAUGAAUUCUACCCCGUGUGAAAUAUGCAAGGAAGUUGUUACAGUAGUGGGAAACUUCUUAAAAGACAAUAUCACUCAGACUGAAACCCUGACACUCUUGAAUAAAGCCUGUGAGAUUCUUAGGGAUCCUGCAUUGGUUUCAGAAUGCAAGCAGCUGAUCGCAGAAUACUACCCAUUGGUUCUAAACAUAAUUGAGCAAGAAUUUAGCAACCCAAGUGUGCCUUGCUGUGCUCUUGGUCUGUGCAAAUCUUUGCAGCAAUACUUGGCAAGCCUGAAAUCUGUUCAGAUUACAACAAAUGAGAUUCCAGAUGUGGAUUUGUCUAAGAUGGUGCCUCCAUUUAUGGCCAACCUCCCCAAGCUGCCCAUUCUUUUUAAACACCAAGAGAAGAUUGACCUAACACCUAAGAACAAGGAUGUCUGCCAGGACUGUCUACAGCUUGUUGGUGAUAUUCAAGACCAACUGAAAAGCAACUCUUCUUUCUCUCAAAUGUUGAUUGAGAAUUUACUGAAAGAAUGUGACCAGCUUGGUGGUGGACUUUCUGAAAUGUGCAAGACCUACGUUAAUCAAUAUGCAGAACUGGCUUUGCAAAUGGCGAUACAACUGCAUCAGACAGCAAAUGAAAUAUGCAGUGGUGCUGGUCUGUGCACAAAGGCUUCCCCUCAUCAGGAUCUGAUCCCCGCCAAAGUAAUUGUUCCAGCAAUGAAACUGCAGCCAGCAAUAAAAGUUGCAGAGCGUGAAGACUCAGAAAAUCUUCCUCUCUGUGAAAUCUGUCAACUGGUUGUACAAAAAGUGGAAAAGUUUUUGGACAGUAACCGGUCACGGGAACACAUUAAAGAAGCUCUGGAUAAAGUGUGUGAUCUUUUGCCUCCCAAAUAUGCCAAAAAAUGUGAAGAUUUUGUUAAUGUGUAUGCUGAUUUGAUCAUUUCAAUAAUGGAAGCAGAAGGUGAUCCCAAAAUAAUUUGCAUGGCCAUGGGAUGUUGCAGUUCAAAAAAACUACAAAUUGUAAAACUCAAUUCUGAAAGCUGUGAAGUCUGCAAGAUGCUUAUGACCUAUUUGGAUAGUAUACUAGGACAAAAUGCCACCAAGGAGAAAAUUGAGGAUGGGUUACAGAAGAUCUGCAAUUUCCUUCCAUCAGCCAUGCAAGAUCAGUGCCACACUAUUAUAACCAUGUAUGGGCCUAUGAUAUUGGAAUUGCUGCUUCAAAAAAUGGAUCCAGGCACAGUUUGUGUGGACCUAAAUGUGUGCCCAGGUGUCCAGAAACAUCUUUUAGGAACCGAGAAAUGUAUGUGGGGCCCAAGCUACUGGUGCAAAGACUUGGAAACUGCAGGAAGUUGUAAUGCGAUUGAGCAUUGCAAGCGUCAUGUUUGGAACUAGAAAAUACUGAUUCUUGGACGUACGAUGGACUACACAGAAUGAAUGGCUCCCCCUUAAAAUUGUACCGUUCUAACCUGGAGAGAGUAUUUUCUGUAUGAAUAGGUUGUACAUAUUUUUGUUCUGUAGAGAAAUGUUCUGCACAAAGUUGCACGAUUUUUUUUUUUUUCUAGCCUUUCUUAAGCUUUAUUUUGAAAAAUGUGCUUAAUCCAGGAGGGAUAUAUUAUGUACAAUGACUUAAAAUCAGUUUCUGAAACUUUUUUUCUAAACUAGUUUCUGGUUCUCCUGCCAGUUGCCAAGCCAUGUCUAAUUCUUUAACUGAAUCCUGUGUCUUCAGGACUCUUUACUUUUGGACUGAAUACAUUUUCAUUUUAAUGUGCAAGUAUAUGCUUGUGUGAAAUGGUUAACUGAAGGAGGAAAAUUUAACCCUUAACAUUUGAGCAUUCUGGGUACAGGACUGCUGUCAGUGGUCACAUGAUUGGGAGCUUACCGAAUCCCUGCUGGCCACCAUGCAGGGUAUGCACUCAAAAUGUUAAGUUUACACGAGCUGCAUUUAUGUGGCCUUUCUUUUUUUUUUUUUUUUAAAGGCCCUUCCCCAUUGAGGCCACAAAUAUGCAUACUUUUGGUGCCAAGGAGUUAAACCGUAACCCCUGAACUGAUAUUUGGCCACUUUUGGAAUAUUUCAUUUCAAGGGAAUUUUUGCCCUGGUUUACAGCAGCCAGAGAUCAUUAACAAACUAUUUCACCGUGAGAAGGCAUAUAAAGCAAUACACUAACAGAUGUUUUCUUAGACAAGGGGAAUGGAGGGUUUGUUCUCUCUUUAUAAUUGGGCCUCUUGUACAAGUUGCACGAAUGAAGAACAGUUAAGGACUGUCACAACACUGUUCACUUGCCUUAUUUAGUUUAAAUGUAUUAAACUUGUUGCUAGUUUGUUUUUCUUUUUAUGAUCAAAGAACCUAAUGUACUAAACUCUAGACUUUAAAAUUUCUGACAGUGAAAUUUGACCCUGAAAAAGCCACCAAUAAAGACCAUGUCCAAAAAUGUA